AUGGGGUGUAAAUAUAGUAAGGUGAAAAAUGAAAGAAGGAAAAAAGAAAAUCAGGACGACACAGUCAACAGCGAUGUCAACAGCGAUGUCAACAGUGAUGUCAACAGUGAUGUCAACAGUGAUGCCAACAGUGAUGUCAACAGUGAUGCCAACAACGAUGUGUUGAAGAUAUAUAGGAAGGCGAAGGGAAGGACCAACACGUAUAGGAGUGAGAAAAGGGACAGUUGUAAAGAUAGGCAGAACGGGGUAUCCAGUAAUGCGUCUGCCAAAAGGUGGGUCGCCAGUAGUGAUCCUGAAAAUGAAAAGAAAGACUGUUACUAUGAUUAUGUAGACCCGCGUGAUGGUAAUAAGGAUAUUUCCCCCUCAAAGGGAUACAAGGCUAAGGAGAGGAGACAAAACAAACAGGGGGAAAAAGGAAGGGGACACGAAAAGAAGAAUGAACAAGACAGCAGAUUUGAGGGGCACCGGGGAGAUGGCAACAUGGGAAGGGGAAAAAUGCGAAGAUCGCCAAAAGGGGCCAAAAUGAAGCACGCAGGGGGGAACGAAGUCGGAGGGAGUGAAGUUGGAGGGAGUGAAGUCGGAGUGAACGAAAUCGGAGGGAACGAACUCGGAGGGAAUGAAGUCGGAGGAAAAGACAACAACCUUGAUAACAACUCCUUUACGGGAAUCAUAAAAACGAUUAACAACACACUCAUAAAGAAGAAAUCCACAACGCGAGGCAGAAAAGAAAAGGGAGAGUCGCCAUCCCAUGUGGAGAAGAAAACCCUGUUUAGAAAAAAAAAAAUAAAAUUUUUGUACAAAACGAGGAAGGGUAAAAUAUGCACCAAGGAAGGGAAAAAUGAAGAACCGUGUGUUCCUCUGAAUGAAUCUAUCGUGGCACAGCGGAAGAAAAAAAAAACAAAAGAAAGCUACAACUGCUUGGGAAGCAAAAAAAAAGAAGAACUGCUAAUGAGAGCCAUCAGAAAGAAUAAAGAACAGCUACUCUACUAUCACGAUUUUAGGAGCACGAUUUUGAGAAAAAACACUUUCCUGCAUAUUUAUGAAUUUUACAGAUUUAAUUCAAACGUCUUUAAUUUGUUUUCCCUAAUGCCCAGCCAUCUCUCCGAGAAUGUACAUGCGUCUAAGAUAUUGUUCGAGAGCUCCUUGAUAGGGAAUUACAUAAUACUGCCAUGGAUUGAGAACGACCCCGACAUAAAGAACAAUUCGUAUAUCAAACAUGUGAAACUUUUUUCGGAGAAGAAAAUGAAGAUGGAGAGGGGAGGCGCAGAGGACCCGCGUGGCAAGGAGGUUAUCUUCUGUGGGUUCUUCAACCACAAUAAUGACCACAGGGGGGAUGGCAGCAGGGGGAGCGACGGAAAUGGUGAAAACGGAGGAGGUGGCGGAAGUGGUGGAAGCGGUUUAAGAGGCCACCACGAUAGAAGCGGCCUCAACAAUCGCAACGACAAUGCUGGUGAGGAGAAAAAGACGAACGCGGGUUCAGACAAGCCCGCGCAGAGAUCCAACGCACCACACGAUAAACACACAUUGAAAAAUACGUCUAGACGUAUUUUAAAGAAAAAACUACGAUUGUGCAAUGGAAACGCAGAAAGGGAGAAGGAGAAAAAGUACGUUAGUAACAGAAACCUCAGCAUGGAUAACGUAUUCAAGCUGCACCUUAGGAAGACCUCUACCGCACCUGUCAAGAAGCAGAGGUAUAGGAAAGAAGUUGUUAGUAUGCAAAACAGGAGAGCAAAAAGGGGUGCUACUAAUGAGAGAAACGCGGAAGGUAGAAAAGUCGCCACGAAUAGGGAAAAGUCAAAGAAAAUUGAGGCUGCCGACGAAGGGAAGAGAUCAUCGUUAGAGGGCAGGGAAAGAAAAAGGAACCAACCGAAAAGGCAGAAUGGUGUAACCGUUCAAGCGGAAAACUCGACCUCGUUAAGGAACAGAAAAAUGGCUCAGAAAAAUGCGGAAAGUCACGCUGAGAAACACGCGGAAAACCACGCGGCAGACCGCGCGAUAAAUAGGGUUGUAAAGGAGAACGGACAGAAGGGCCAGAAGGGCCAGGACGAAGGACCCAUUCGACAUAACGCCAACGGAGUGGAAAAUGAACAGACGGAUAAAGAAAAGAGGAAUCAUAAUAGCCCUCCCAGUGCCAAAAUGACAAACAUGAGUAACUAUCAUGUGGAAUCCACAAGAAAUGGAAAAAAGGAAGCGCUUAUCAGAAGGGAGGCAAAGAAAAAGAGCGAAAAAACAAAAAAAUAUAUCCAUCAGGAGGAGACGAACAAGGGAGAAAAUUCCACACAUGUGAAGAGGGGGAAAAAGGGAGAACCCGGUAUGCAGCCCAUUUUGCCAAAUAACGUGACGAUAGCGAUGAAUGGAAGAAAUAUCGAAUCGAGAGUAGACACGGACAAAGAAGGGAACAGGAGGGGGAAAAAAAAAAAGGAUGGAAACAAAUGCAAAAAGGCAGUUAGAAUUAGCAUGGCGGAAAAUCAACUGAACGGAAUAAAUUGCCAUGUGGGAAAAAAAGAAGCGAAGGAAGAAGGGCACCCCCGGAGUAGCAAUCAUAAUGGAGAACCCCAUGAUGGGGGGUACACCAUCAGGAGAGAAGACCCAGGGAAUUACCCAACACAUGCAAAGGAGAGUAACACAAAUUGCAACGCAAAUGUGAUGAAACGAGUUAAGAGACAAGUAGAAUGUCAUAAAAUGCUUUACACGGAUGUGGCCCAUGGAAUUAGAAAGCAAAGUAGUAAAGAUGAAAGGGGCCUACAGAUGGAGGAUCCUAAGUUAAGGUACCAAAUGUGUAUCGGUAAUAAAACAAAAAAUGACAACAUUGAAGGGGAAAGAAAAACACAUAUUAUUAGCAAAAAAUUAGAAAAGAGAGAAUAUCUGAGGGAAGAAAAAAUCACACAAGAAAAUUGCGAACAUAAGUAUGGACUAAAUGAAAAUUCGAUAAAAAAAAAUUAUUUAAUGUGCAGAAAGUGUCACAAAAAAAGAUGCAUAUAUCAUUACGUUAACUGUUUUAAGCUGUACGGAUGGGUAGAUUACAAGUGGACAGAUCCUGAUGGGUACUUAGAAUUAAGUGUAAGACAAAAAAAAAAAUUCGAUUGUUGGAAAAGACUCUCCGAAUUGUAUAGCAACCCUAUUGUUAUGUCAACGGAUUUGUAUAACAGUUGUAUAAGGCAAGGAUUUGUGGCUGAUUGUUCCUUUUUAUCGUCUUUAACUGUUUUGAUAGAAUAUGAGAGAAAGCACAAAGUCCCCGUUCUCUCCAACAUCAUUUCUCCAUGUACAUCUAAUCAUGCCCAUGUGAAUAAGACAUGGCCUAUUUUCAACCCCUGUGGAAUGUAUAUCUGUAGAUUACACUGUAAUGGAAUUCAAAGAAAAAUUAUGAUUGAUGAUUAUGUGCCUGUGAAGAGCAACAAUUCUUUGCUAGUAGCUUAUUCGAAUAAUCAGAAAGAGCUUUGGGUUACUUUACUUGAAAAAGCCUUCGUCAAAUUGAUGGGUGGUUCAUACUCCAUGUAUGGGUCCAACCCCGGCUCCGAUUUGUAUUACUUGACUGGCUGGAUCCCCGUGACCAUUUCGUUGAAGUCGAAGAUAAGUAGCUCUCCUCCGUCGUUCGACCGCCUCACGGCUCACACCGCGGUAAAUCAGGUCAGCGCUUCUGCUUUGGAUGCUUGCGAUGACUCCCUGGUGGGGGAGCACCCCCCAGAGAAGCAGCCGGAACGUGGGUGUGCUGUACGCGGCGAGACGCGGAGGGAAUCGCACGAACUUGGAAGAUGUGUGAAAAAGGGGGAGAGAAAAAAUGUGAUAAAUCGCAAACGAAGUCUUUACAACCGCGUUCGAAGUGGCCAAAAUAGGGCGGCACACCGUGCAGGCAGCAAAAUAUACACGAAAAGGGGCAGGACGCACCCGCCGUACGACUUCCCCGUUGGAGCCAAUUUAAGCAUCUACCGAUUGGGCACAAAUAGGAACUGCCAACCAGCGCGUGCUGAUUGGUCAAAGUGUGAAAAGCUGAAGAUGUAUUGGAGUCUGCGCCAUUUGUAUGCAACGGAGAAGCGAAAGGAGCAAAGAUGCAGUGGGAAGAAAAAAUCGCGCAAGACAGAGAAAGGGCACAAGUGCACCGUUAAAAGGGUAAGCGAUGCCGGUGGAACGGAGGUCAAGGAGACACAGAGGAAGAGAACGCCCAUGGAGGGAAAUCCCCCCCAUGGCACCCUCCCGAGGAGCAAGAAAACCCCACGCUGCGUAAGAAUCGGAGAUGGUGUAAAGGACGCACCGAAGGAAGCGAUCAUCGACUGCGAAGUUAAAAUGAGACAUUCGAACCAGUUUUUGUGCGAAGCAGUGAGUAACAUGGAUCUGUCUUCCUAUGUGUGUGGGUCCAUCGAUCAGUACAGCUAUUUAAAUCAAAAAGGAGAGAACUCCGUUUUGAUGGACGACGAAUAUGAAGAAUAUGAUGAAAAGUGGGACAUCAUAUGGAACAAUAUUUACGAAGGAAUAAAAAAAGGAAAAUGUGUGGUUUGUUUGGGUACCUUAGAAUUAAAGGAUGCUGCACCGUCAGGGUUGGAUUACCCAGAAGGGGUUUCCCUGUCCACUGGAAUUGUAACAAGACACGCCUACUCCAUUUUGAAUAUCGAAAGCUAUAACGGGGAUAAGCUGCUCUACAUAAAGAACCCGUGGGGAUGCAUCCGAUGGAAGGGGAAGUACUCUCAUCAUGACGAAACGACAUGGACAAAGGAAGUGCAAAAGAAGUUAAAUUAUUCUAUUGAAAAGGCGAAAGGAAAAGACGAUGGUUGUUUUUGGAUUCCCUGGAAAGAUGUAGUGAAAUAUUUUUCACACAUAUAUAUUUGCUGGAAUAGUGUUAUCUUCCCAUACCAGUUUGAAAUACACACGAAAUGGGAAAACAGCACGUACUUGAACAGCUCCAUUUUGCAAGACGAUACACACCUGGUGGCUUACAACCCUCAGUUUGCCCUACAUGUGAAUGUGAAGAAACAGGAUUUAUCCGAAGAUGGUUUACACUAUAUAGGGAAGAAGCCGAUAGAAAUAUGGAUACUUUUGUCGAAGCACCAAGGAAUAUACUCCAAUGGGGAAUGUACCUUCACAAAAUUGGUUAUCGGAGGUGAAGAUGAAUAUAUUAAUAACUACCUUGUGAAAAAGAGCUCCUCGAAAAAGGAUCCUUCUGAUCCACCCCAUGAUGGUAAGACAGAUAAUAUGACGGGAGGACAUACGCACAAUAAUAAUGACAACGUAAAUGUGAACGUAAAUUCAUCGGGAGAGAGUCAGCAGGAAAUUUUAAGAAUCGUCGAUUUUGUCUUAAUCGUCUCGCAGUACUCACAGAAAGAAGAAUUUAAUUUUACAUUAAAGGUAUUUAGUCAUACACAUCUGUCCAUAUAUGAGUUACCACCAAUGCUACCAGAAAAUUACGACUCUCUUUAUUUCAAAGGACAGUGGACCAGUAAAUGUGCAGGAGGAUGUUCGAACAAUUUGUGGUCCUACUUCAGAAAUCCUCACAUACGUUUUUAUGUCCCUGAAGAUUGCACAUUUUGUAUUUUCCUUGAGUGCUCACAAGAACAUUCAGUUAAUUUGAGAAUAUUCAAAGGUAUGACAUCAUCCCCAAGGAGUUUAAAAAAAGGAGAAAUUAUAUCUAGUGGGGCAUACAAAGCUGGUUGUUGUUAUAUUGAAUGUACUUUAAAGAGUGGUAUUUAUUGUCUCAUUCCGUCUUUAUAUAGAGCUAACGUUACAGGAGAUUAUCAAAUAUGUAUUCAUUACCCUAAGUCGAAGCAGAAGCCACUCCUUCAUUUUAUUCCCUACUCUUAUGUUGUUCCUCCACUUUCCUUUUUUAAAUACCAACUAGUACAUUUAUACUCUUUAAAAAAUUAUUCAAUAAUUUUGUUCCAUUCCACAUCUGUUACUCUCCUCUCACUUAAAAUUACCUUCUUUGAACAUAUGAACAUUAAGGGAAUUCCAUUUGUGAAUAUUUACAAGCUUGUCGGUAGUACAGACUCAUAUGCAAACGAUUUAGAAGCUGGGAAUAUUAUGAAAAAUAAUUUAUUCAAUUCUCACAUUUCGUAUAAUAGAUAUGUAUACAAAAUUGUUCAGAAGUGUAAUAUUCAUGGUGGGCCAGGAUAUGACAUCCUUCCUCUUUCUACCUGUGCAUAUGAUUAUUAUAUUAAAUUUAAUUCUGUAUUGAUUCCUUUGGUACAGUUGGAGAAUGAGCAUACUUCGUAUUUACUGCUGAUUACGACGAAUAUAAAGGAGGACAUUCUUUACAACCAUGAGGUUCACUUUGUUUCAGAGAAGCAGCUCUCAGUCGACACAUGUUACCCGGUGCAGUCCUGA